AUGGAAGAAGCGGUUCCCUUGUUUGGCAGUGGUUCCCCUGCUUGGAGAACAUUUGGUAGAGCCCAUAUGGCCUCCCAACAGGCAAAAGUCCCAGCAGAUCCCAGAGACCAGCCUCUGUUGCUGAUAUUGGGACCAAGACGCCAGAAUGUGCCUGACUGGAGGCAAGACACUGGUCCCCCCACUUUCCUGGCCAGGCCUUGUUUCCUUGUGCCUGCAAAUGCCUCUGACUAUUGUAUGGAACCUUCAAAGAAAUUGGAGCUUAAUUCCAUUCUCACCCAGAUGAAUGCCAGCCUGAGCCUGAGGCUUUGCGAGGCUAACACCAGGGAGGUGGGCGUGCAGGUGAGCCUGCGGAUGGACAAGUCUGUAUCGCUGGGUUCUCACACUGUCUCCCUCUGGGGCAGCACAAGCCACAAGGUACCCCUGCUGGCCUGGGGAGUCUAUUCACCAGGGAUAGGUUAUAGGAGCUUUAUCCAGCUGCAGAAGGAGGGGGAAGACCAGGAGAGGAAGGUACUUUGGGGUGCUGCAGAGGACAGCCAGCAGCACCAGAAACCACCAACUCCAAGUUCUGAAGAGUGCAAAAGGGAGUAGCUUUGCCAGUAUGAGCUGGGGGGAGGAAGAUGCCUGCCUCAAGCCCUCAGGAACGGAAGAGCAAGCAGACGGGAAGUCAGCGGAACAGAUUUGCUCAGAAAACCCAACUUCCAGUUUUUGGAACCAAAAUAUGGCUAUUUUCACUGCAAAGAUUGUAAGACCAGGGGGGAGAGUGCUUAUGUGUGGUGGGUUUCUGGAACUAAUAAGGUUAAUUUCAAACAACUGUGUUGCAAAUGCCAAAAGAGUUUUAAGGCUUAUCAAGUAGAAGCAUUCCAAUGUCAGACCUGUUCAAAGUCUCGUUGUUCCUGUCCUCAAAAGAAAAGACACAUUGAUCGAAGGAGCCUGCAUAGAUAA